GCUUCCGCAGUUGAAUGAGUGAACGUUUGGAAAACUUCGUUGAACGAUAAUGACGCCAACCUCAGUUUAUUACAUUUUGAUUAUUUCUUUACUUCUUUUCUCACCCUUUGCUCGAGGGCUUGUUGAGGAUUGCAGAAGUGGAAUGUUUCCACCUAAAGGACCAACGUUUAAAGGUAAUGUGACCUGGUACACUGUAAAUCUCGAUUUACCCCCAAGCGAGAGGUGGACACAGGUGAUUAAAGAUAAAAACAAAGAGUUGAUUACAAUGGUGCAGACAAUAAAAGACAUGGCCAAGGGCUUUUUCGAUGGAAAACUUAUUGAUUUGGUGGACAGUGAGUUGCCUUUCAUUGUGGACACACUCCCUUACCCUUACAAUGAAGAGAUUAAGGGAAUUUCAGCAGCUUCUGGUGUCCCACUGGGAGAGAUUACACUGUUCAAUAUUUUUUAUGAGAUUUUCACUGUUUGCACUUCACUUGUUGCAGAAGAUCUAAAAGGAAAUAUUUAUCAUGCCCGGAAUUUGGACUUUGGUUUGUUCAUGGGGUGGGAUAGACAAAAUAAAACAUGGACUUUAACGGAGAAGCUGAAGCCUCUUGUGGUGAAUGUCAAAUUUGAACGGGAGAAUAAAACAGUCUUUAAAUCAACCAACUUUGCUGGAUAUGUUGGCAUGCUCACUGGAAUUAGACCUGGUGAAUUGACUCUAACAAUGAAUGAACGUUUCAACUUUGAUGGGGGAUACAUAGGGAUCCUGGAAUGGAUUUUUGGCCAGAGAGAUGGAAUGUGGAUGAGUUUCCUUACUCGCAAAGUCCUGGAAAAUGCUACCAGUUAUGAGGAUGCCAAAAAUGAGCUUUCUCAGACCAAAUUGCUUGCACCAGCUUACUUCAUCUUGGGUGGUAACCAAACAGGGCAAGGUUGUGUGAUAACCAGAACGAGAGUAAACACAUUAGAUAUCUGGGAACUUGAUGCAAAGCUUGGUAGAUGGUACGUCCUGGAAACGAACUAUGAUCACUGGGAAAAGCCUAUAAUCUUGGAUGACCGCCGAACACCAGCUAUGAAGUGCAUGAAUCAAACCACACAAGUGAACAUUUCUCUGGCAUCAAUAUAUGAUGUUCUGUCAACUAAACCAGUCCUUAAUAAGCUGACAACCUACACCUCACUGAUGGAAGUCUCAACUGGAACUCUGGAGUCCUAUAUAAGAGAUUGCCCAAAUCCAUGCACACCAUGGUGAUCUGCACCACUUCUGAAUGAGCUUUGGAAAAUUAAAUGCUGUUGUUGGUCUUUAUCAUUGGCAGGUCAAUGUAUAAGGAAGUGGUUAAAAACAGUAAUGUUUUAAUUCUGCCUGCAUCUGUGAUUACUGACACUUUGUCUUUGCACCACUUGUGCCAUUUAAGACAAGCAUAAAUGUUCCUUUAUAUUAACAAACAUCGAUCAUUUUCAUUAGAAAUAACGAUCUUUUUUUAUUAGUAUAUGCUAAUUGUUCUACAUGUGGAUAAAAAAUGUAAAUAUCAAUGGUCUUUUUCUUUCAUAUUUUAAUGCUGCGAGGAAACCUAUUUUUCUGAUCGUGUGAAUCCUUGGUAACGAUGAAUUCUAUUUUGUAACAGCACUUAGAUCUUUUGUAAAUGCUGGUAUGAGAAUAAAAAGCUUAACAAGCUUGAAUCAGUGUUAUUCAAAGACAGCCAAUAAGUAAUGUGUUGUUCAAAACUGGUAUGUAAUUUAUGAAUUAAGUAUUGCUUUGAUAAAGACAAUACCUAUAACAGUCUCAUUACUUAUUGCUCUUAAUAGUUUUUGAAGUGUUUAACAUUUGUUAAUACAUAAUUUAACAUUAUUUAUCAGUUGCAGUUCAGCUGCUGCAUAUUCGUUCUCUGACAGGGAAUUGCUUCUAACACCUCAGCAGCCUAAUUGUUUCUCCCCAAUAGCUGAUUAGUUAAUGUGUAGUUUUUAUAUAUUCAACAAUGUAUCUAUUUCAUCCUUAGCAACUGUCCAUUUAUUUGUAUUGGGGCCCUUUGAGAGACAAGUGCAAAUGCACUGCCAAAUGUAAUUUUCAUAAAUAUUUUUUUGUU